AUGGCGUUACCUGGACUCAAGGCACAAAUCAAAAUUUUAGUCCAAUCCAUGCUUCAUGAGGGUAUGUUGGACUACCAGUUUACUCAACUACAAGAGUUGCAAGAUUCAAACAAUCCCAAUUUUGUUGCUGAAAUAAUCAAGUUGUUUUGUGACAACACAGAACAGGUUAUCACAGAGUUAGAGAAAUAUUUAUGUGAAGAUGUUGACUUUUGCAAGUUGACUCCUUUUGUUCUUCAACUCCAAGGAAGUAGCUCUAGCAUUGGCGCACGGCAAAUGACACUAGCUUGUGCUGAUCUUCGCCAGGCUUCUGAUGACAAAAACAAGGAAGGUCGUCUUCUUCGUGAAGACUCUGACGUUGCAGUUUGCACAUGCCUUCUUCUUCCAGUACGAGGGGACCCCGGAAAGUUUCAAGCAAAGAGUCAAGGUCAUCGAAGGGUCCUGGGACCUCCCAGGUCCCUAUAUAAAUCCGCCACUGUGCACAGCAACAAUGAACCCAGAAAACACAGAACUUCAUCACUUCUGACGGGAUCGGAGGGGCGGAACCACCGCUCCUAG